AUGGGUUCGACUAAUCUGGAAGUAGAGCAAAAGGUGCUUGCAGAUAUCCCAGUCGUCGCAGACGAGGAAAAUUUGAAUGCCUCUGCGUGUGAGUCACCGGCCGAGAAGCCGGUAGAUGAGUUUGUAUUCGAUCAAGGGCUUGUUUCAUGGCUCCAGGUCCUGGGCUCAUUCUUUCUCUUCUUUAACUCAUGGGGCGUGAUCAAUACAUGGGGUGCAUACCAAACAUACUAUGAAUCGAAUUUACUUUCUGGUACAUCAUCGUCUACCAUCGCCUGGAUUGGUUCCCUUCAGUCUUUCCUUCUGAUGCUUGUCGGAGUUAUCACUGGCCCACUGUUUGAUGCGGGCUACUUCCGAGUAUUGAUUGGUGUCGCCAAUGUCAUGCUUCCUUUCGGUCUUAUGAUGACCAGUCUGGCCACUGAAUAUUGGCAGUUAAUUCUCGCACAGGGUGUCGUCAUUGGCAUAGCAGCAGGAUGCUUGUUUGUGCCCUCGGUGGCCCUCUUGCCCCAGUAUUUCCGUGAAAAGAGGGGUUUCGCCAACGGCCUGGCCGCCAGCGGUAGCAGUAUUGGUGGUGUGGUCUACCCUAUCAUGUUCGAUCAAUUGGAAAAAAAAGUUGGCUUUGCUUGGGCCACCAGAGCAAUUGGCUUCCUCACAUUUGGAACCAUCUUCAUCUCGUUCAGCAUCAUGCGCAUUCGUAUCCCGCCCAGAGAAAAGCGCAAGCUCUACCAGCUUUCUGCUUUCAAAGAGCCUGGUUACUGUAUCUUCUGCGCUGCCAUGUUCCUGGGCUUCCUUGGGUUCUACAACUUCCUCUUCUACGUUCAGUCUUACGCCAUUGACACGGGUAUUGUGGAUGAGAAUCUGGGAUUCUAUUUGCUGUCCAUGCUCAAUGCAGCCUCGACAUUUGGCCGUAUUGGACCGAACUUCAUUGCUGACCAUACUGGUCCGAUCAACAUGCUCACCCCGGCGGUGACCAUCACUUCCAUCUUGGCCUUUGUAUGGAUCUCUGUCCACACUGUUCCUGGGAUUAUCAUCCUUUCUAUUUUCUAUGGUUUCUUCUCUGGUGGAUUUGUGUCGAUGCCACCGGUUGUCAUGGCAUACAUGACUCCUGAUGUGCGUGAUCUCGGCACUCGUCUUGGUCAGGUCUUUGCCGUUACCUCAAUUGGCCUGCUCAUUGGUACUCCGAUUGGUGGUGCUAUUCUUAGUAGCACUGGUAGUUACCUCGGUGUGCAGCUCUUUACGGGCUGCUGCCUCAUUUCCUCGGCGGUCCUUAUGGCGACCCUGAGAUUUUUGCGGUCAGGCCCGCACCUGAUCUCUAAGACUUGA